GGCGCGUUCAUGUGAGGGUGCGAGCAGUUCAUCGCAGACGUUGUGCAUUCAUCAACGGCUACACGUCAUUAUUAUUAUCAGCAUCAUUUAUUAAGUUCUUUAAGUUAUUGUGUUGUGUUUCAGGUGGAAUUAUUGAACGGCUCGUGAUGGACGGCUGCGCGCAAAUGUGUAAAUGUUUCCUGAUCCUGUUCAGCAGUCUGUUCGCUCUGGUGGGGUUCGGACUCGUCUCGCUCGGUCUGUGGCUCCGGUUUGGCGUUCAAACUCAAGGAUUCUUUGACAUCGAUUUAAACACAGCACAGUUCACGAUCGGUGUGACGGUGUUGAUCGUCACUGGUGUUCUGAUGCUGGCCGUCGCUGUGAUCGGUGAUUAUGGAGCAUGUAAUUACAGUAAAACUGCUCUGAGUGUGUUUGCUGGUCUGCUGUCUGUUCUGAUGAUCGCUGAGAUCGCUGCAGGUGUGAUGAGCUUCAUGUUGAGCAGAGAGGUGUCGGAGCAGCUGGCAGACUUCUACAUCACAAUCUACUCUCAGUAUGUGAACAGCAGGGGUCAAGGUCAAGCCGUCACCCUCAAACUCUUUCACAAAGCUUUUGACUGUUGUGGCAUCGGAGGAGCGAUUGAGCUGUUCGUGCGAGACACAUGUCCUGACGGCAACAUCCUGCAGCAGAUCACUUUUGCUAGUUGUCCCAGUGUGAUCAAGAAUGUGUUCAACACUAGUGCGCCACUGCUGUUGGGGGGGUUUCUGGGAACAGCUGCAGUCAUGAUGGUGGCGCUGGUGUGCAGUUUAGUGGUCAGGAAACAACUGUCACAUUCUCUCCCGCCUCCUGCAUACCUGCUGCUCUCCUCUACAUCUUCUCUCACUGCACCUCCUCCAUCAUCACUCCAUCAUCACGUGUAACUGUCCCUCUGUCUGUCAGCUGGUGGUGCUUCUGUGCUGUUGUGUUCUCUAUAACAGACUGAAGGUUUCUCCAUACUCAUCUCCAUUCUUCGUCUAUUGAUGGAGGGAUGAACAUCUGUUACUCCAGAUGUGACCGGAGCUUUACACAAAUGUUUUUAUUGCUGUUACACUUCAUUAAACUGUCCUAAUGUUUCAAUGUAA